GACUAACUAGAGGAACAAAUAAUAAUCCCUGCUGAACUUGUAACAAUGUUAUUCAGGUUUACAGUCAAGCACAUCAAUCACUAUGCUGAUCAGAUAGACAGUAAGCGCUGAAAGGACAGGGCAGGGUUGUGAUUAUCUAUGCAGUAGUGAGAUUGAAAAUUAGACAACCAUGUUUAAAAUUCGGGGAGACUUAUGCGCAUUUGAUAGAGACAAUUGGAAUCGGGACAAGGAAAAGUUUGAUUGUCCCAGUGCCACCAAUGUGUACCACUGUAUCGUGGACGAGAGGAACCGGUCCGGGGAGAUCUGUAUACAGCCCGUGUGGGUCCAGACAGGUUACUGUCCGGAGUAUAACACCGAUGCCAACACAGUGGACACAGUCCCUUGUGAUCAGUCAGCUGGGUGUCCUGAGGACCCAUUCCAGUCCAAUGAGGUCUACCAAUAUCCAGUUUGUAUCAAUAAAACGUAUCAUGGUCAACCGACUGCGGAAGAGGUAGAUGCCGUGUACUUCCCCCUUCCUACCGCUGUUGGAAUCAGUGUAGUAGUAGUAGUGGCCAUUAUCUUUGUGAUAGCUAUCGUCUGUUAUAUUCGCAGACGACAAAAACCAGGGAGACGGCAGGAAGAGGAAGUCUCUUUACUCCAUAGAAGUGAAGUACCUUUCUUUAAAACAUCAGCCUUUCAUGACGCAGUACAUAUAUUACAAAAUGGAGGAAAAUUUCUGUGCUUCCAUGGACGCUGGGGAUCUGGGAAAACGACAACAGCAAAACAAGUCUAUCUGUCUGUAACCGGAAGGAAGCCAGUGGUCAUAGAGGACAUAGCUGAAUUUGAUGUUAGUUCAUGUGCCGAUUGCGUCAUAGUUGAAGACCCAUUUUCAAAGCAUUUGUCAAAUGUAGAAGAUAUAAUGCUUAAGAUUAAAACCCUGUGCUCAAACAUUGGUAAUACAAAAGACAACUUUGCAAUUUUUACAAUGUCUGAUGAAGAAUGGACAGAAGUUAUAAAUGAAAUCAAGAAAAUCUUAUUGGAAUUAGGAAUUGGGCCUUUGCAUGACAUUUGUCUAAAUUACGAUAGUUUGAGUCCAGGUGACAGGAAUCAAAUUCUACAUUCCAUAUUUGGUCACUACAAUCCUAAACAAGCUUUCGGGAAAGUAGAAAACAUAGCUAGUGGUAACGAACUAUAUCUUGGUUACGCAGAAACAUAUACACUGUUGUCAAGAUGCAGGAUCUUUCAGACCAAGCCUGGUCCCCUUCUCUUUUCAAAUCGGCCGCUGUUAUAUCUGAAGAUGUAUUUGGAAAGAAAAUGCAAGUCUUCGGAGGAGAUGGAACGUUCUGAAUUUGUGAUGUUAGUAUUUAUGAGUCUUAAUAAAAGGACAAUAAACCUAAACAAAUCAAACACUGAGCUCAAUGAACUCUUUAUGGCAUGUGACAUUUCUCUUAAGAACGUCCAAUUAUCAUCAAUCAUACCUGAAGAAUUUGUCUUCAGGGAAGGAGAGGGAGUAUAUGUUCUUCAGCAUGACGUCAUACAAAGAAUGGUACUCGUAGUAUUUGGUACGUAUCAUUUUGAAAAACUAGUCAGAUUUUCUUCAUGGCAUGAGCUACCAGACUGGAUAAAAGAGAAGUCGAGACUGAAUAUAAUAUCGAAAAUAAUGAAAUCUGUAAAUGAAAUACAACCUAUCUUAGAAAUCUCUCAUGGAAAGAUGACCGAACUUCGAAACAAAUGUGAAAGCAUUCCGGAAACACGUGUGCCAGAAAAUAGUUUGAACAUGAAACAAUAACAGUGUUUUUGUGGUGAAUAUCAUGAGAUACUAGUAAACUGUUUGGUCUGGAUCUCACAAGUACAUAUUUUUUAAGUAUCUUAGAAUAAGGAUUACGAUAUAAAACCGCAUAGCGCUGUUUUCAUCUGUUCAUUCUGUACGUCUAGGAGAGGGACUUGUAAGUUGUCAGAACUUGUUCCCAAUCCUUUUGAUUUCAUCAAUAAAAUAUGUUCAAAACAAACAAAAACGUUAUUUAAGGAAUGAAGCUAAUUUUGACCUAUAUUAUACGAUAUGAGGUAACUUGGUGCAGUUUAAGAUUUAUAAUCCACAGAGGAGGUUUUAAUUUUAUAAUCAACAGAGGAAGUUUUAAUUUCAUGUUCUGUUAACGUUAAAAAUGAAAAGAAAAAAUCAGCACGUUUAUGGAUUUUCUGAAUGCUUGAAUCGAAUUUCUUGUACUCAAUCAUCGGAUGUUCCCAUGAUUACCUAGUUGAUCUGCUUCUUGUCGACAUCCCAGUAUUCCAUCAAAUUCUAUCAAGAUUCUUCUUUCUUGAAAACCAAUCGUAACUCCGGCAUUUGAAGUUCCCUUUUUGCAAGUUCUGCUAAGAAGGCAGAAGUUAGUGUAAAGAUAAUGAAAUAUUCAUAAUACCAGCAUAUCGGCAUUAAUAUUUUUUUCUUUGUUUCUGUAAAUAGGUUAUGAUUUAUAAUUUAUUCAAGUAUGGAAAAUGCUUUGUAUGAUAUGAGCAGUGCGUGUAUAUACCAAUAAAAGUACUUAUGUUUCUCUC